GCAUCUUGCUCCUUAGUAGACGAGAUAGGGGUGGAAUGAAAAACAUUCUUCGUUUGCGAUGAUGAGGUGUUUUGCUGUUGCAUCAAUAGAGGUGCUGCCAGAAAGACAUUUUGCGGCUUUUGCUCGAUCGAUGCCUGUACUUUUCGUAGGCUUGUGCCCCUGGUUGAUCGUUAGGAGGAGUUAUUGCCAUAUUUUAACGAGCUUCUCGGCCGAAUUUUGAUAUUUCGUAAGCUAGUCGAAUCAUUGCCUGCAAACCAACAAUUCGCAGUCCUCCAAAUAGUUGUUGACAUCUAGUUUGACCGAAGACAGUUAUAUAUCAGGUAGAUUUACGGACGUCGGUUAGGAUAAACAUUAUGCUCGAUUCAUCCAUAGAAAGCAAAUAAAUGCUACGAAGGAAGCUACGAAAGCUGCCCUGUUUUGCUUCAUGAGUUUUCCUGUGAAAAAAUCAUCACCUAAAAAUGGUGUGUCAUGAUCGGUUUAUUGGUAACAAUACCGCAUCGGCGAUUGGAUUUGAGCCACCCACACAAACCGAAAACAAGAGUAAAGGAAUGUAUGUAGGCUUAAGGCAGCCGCUUGGUGGUGGGGAAAUUUGCGUGUUUCCAACACAAGCGGCUGCAAAGGAGACUAGUGAUCUCAGGCAUUGCUUUCGAGAUCAUACGGCUAAAGUACAUAAAAUAGUAUAUUUUCAAGGGUUUUGGGCAUAAGUCUUAGUUAGAAUAAGUUUAGAAUAAACUUUGUAAAAUCAUUCUUUUUUAAAAGAAAAAAACAAAAUUGCCUCCUUUUAUGUUUUUAAACUUUUUUCCAAUUUUCAAGUUGCAGCGUUAUACAGGUUACUAAUACUUUAAGACAAUGUCCUAUGAUUUUGAUAAAAAAAAUGGCCGCCUUUUAGUCCCUUACAUAUUUAGUUGCUGUUUCAAAGGAUAAACUCACUUGACAAUUUUCAUGCAUUUAUGUUAAAACCCCAUUAAGAUACACUAUUUUGUGUUAUUUUCCCUAGAUCCCACGUAUAAAACAGCAACAGAAAAGAGGACACGUAUUCGUCUGGGAGUGUGAGGCAGCAAAGGAGCAAAAACAAGAUCGAAGAAAUAUUAGGGGCUCUCGACACUGGUAAUUUUGAGCGCGUAGAGCUCAAGGGAACAUCUAUUUACCCCAAGAGGCCGUAUCCCUGAUGGCCUAUGUGGUUCAUCUUCUCUUUAGUCUCUUCGCUUUGGUGUAUUCAAGCGAACCUGGGGACUGCAACUUCGAUCGCGACUUCUGCAAUUGGACAAACGAACAAGGAACAGAUGAUUUCGAUUGGUCGAGGAAUAAGGGCCCCACCCCAUCCGAUAACACCGGGCCAUCAGCUGAUCACACCUCAGGCAAAGGCUGGUACAUCUAUAGUGAAGCCUCUUUAUACUGGAAAGGGUACUACGCGCGCCUGCACAGCCCCCUGAUGACGGGUCCUAAGUGUAUGACAUUCUUUAGUAACCUGAACGGCGAGGGUAUGAGCCUCGUUCUCGUGUACGUCACAGUCAGCGGUCGUAAAACCUUAGCGUGGCUCAAGUCAGGAGAUCGAGGGGACCGUUGGAUUAUGGAGCAAGUGUUUAUUAACGAGACUAGGGAAUAUAAGGUUACUCUAGAGGUGAAAAAGGGAAUAUCGUAUUUGGGCGAUGCAGCGAUCGAUGAAAUUUCAUUCACGAACGGGUCAUGCGCACAAGAUACAAGACUGUUUCACGUUUACUCGACUAACGGAAUCUACCGAAUCAAUACCGAGCCUCAGAGAGAUCACUGGUUUUACCAGUUUUCGUUCCUGGCUCGUCGAACCACAGGCAACCUGAAUGAGCGAAUGUUUUAUGUUUAUUAUGGCAAUGGAUACGAUGUUCUACGGACAGACUUCAGUAAUAUUGACGGAGUUCCUGUGGACUUCUUUUACGAAUAUACUGGAUCUCUAAAUCACUCAAGACCUGUUUUUGCCGUCACACGAAGUGGUAAAGCUCAGCAGAUUUUUUUAGCGAGGGGAGAGUACGAAGGAUGUUGCAGUGAGGCACGUGUGCUAUCCAUAAAUGUCCAAGUUAUAGAGGAUCACACAUGUUUUCCCGGAUGGAUAAGUUCGGGAUCCUCGGGCUGUCUCCGAUUCUACGUGAACGACAAGAGAACUUGGGUUAGCGCUCGAGUCGAAUGUCUGCGAAUCGGUGGCGAUCUUGCGAUAAUACGCGACAGCAAAGCACUCUCUGACAUCUCUAAGAUCCUCGAAACUAUCGCUGCACGGGCACCAUUCCAUGUAGGAAUGCGUAACACCGUGACUAAUGUAACACAAAACUUGACGUGGGUAAACGGUAAAACAGUACAGAGUAGACUUUGGAAAAGUGGGUACCCGAAGACUGGCGACGAGCCAUUAUGCGCAGGCCUGACGAAGGUACAUCCGGGACUUGUUUUGCAUGCGUGCUCAUUGCUGACUGGUUUCAUCUGUCAACGGAAUUCAGUGGACAUGGCUGCCAAGAAACCAACAAACAGCUCCGCUGAACAGAGCAACUCCACUAGAUCAUCAUUCGCCGUUGACGGCUUCCCUAAUACCUGCUUCUACACGAAGGCUUCCAGCCCCUGGUGGAGCGUUGACUUGUUGAGUUCGAUGUAUGUUUUUGCUGUUGAGAUAACAAGUAACAAGAGUUGUUGUAAGGUGGGACCCUCAACUAUGGAAGUCCUCGUCAUUCAAGGGUCACGUACUCAGCGCUGUGGUGACGUCAUGCUUUAUGGAAUCACUGAUUGGCUCAAAGCUGGGUGUUAUCCAAUCAGAGGCCGCAACGUCAUGAUUAUGUUAGAUGGUGCAAAUGCUACCCUGAUUCUCUGCCGAGUAACCGUGCAGACAUAUGGUAAGGUGGGAGUUUGUGUUGAAGGGUUUAUUAGUUUGUGCGAGUUGAACAAAUGA